AUGCAAACUCCGCCAAACCCCUUCUACCUCUAUUUAUCGUUUCUUACAACGCCCUCGAUGCGAUACAACAACCAUCUCAGAACAAAGAUCACAGACGAAUCAGUAGCGGUUGUCAAGUCAUCUACCCACUCACCCGUGUCAACGUCUAGGACCAAGGACAAAUGUCAAGAUCGGAGAACUCGGGCGAGGACAAGUCAUCAGUUGCCCUCCACCCGCCGUCUACCUAUGAGUCGAAGACGAAAACCUCUUACAGCCUCUCCUGCGACCUUUCACGAUGUAGUUGAACUCCGAAUUUCUAUCCCAUGUCAUAUUCCCCUUCGGGUCUGA